AGCUCUGCAUGUGCUGUAGCCCUGGAAAACCACGCCAGUCAUUUUUGUUUUGAUAAGGAUAAAAAAGAGCGUGGCCUGAGAAAAUUUGCACAAAUAACACAAAAAGCGCCACAAACAAUUGCAAAAACGUUGCAAAGUGUGUGGAAUGUUGUGCCGCGCAAAGUGUAUACGAUAUUGAGCGCCCAAGCGCCUACGUGGAGCGCAACGUGUGGUCGCUGGCAAAGGCAAAAAGGCAGAAGCAAAAGGCGAAAGGCAAAAGGCAGCCGAAAGAAGAGCAGACAUCUAAAAUAACAAACCGACGGGGUGCUCGCUCGUGCAAAUGGCAAAUGGCUGCAACUUUUCGAUACAAUUGUAUAACGUUAACUACAUGAGCGGACAAUAAUAAUAAUAAAAUUAACCGAUAGCUGAACGGAACUGAAGAAAACUGAAUUGCAGAUAAUUUGCAACUCUCGAAUACCUCAAAGGGCGCAACUCUCAAAAAAUAUCAGACAACAAACGAGCCGCAAAUAAUAAGCAAGUGAAAUGCAUUUGAAUCAUGCGACAGCGGCGACAGCUGCUAUGGCCAAUUAUCAGCACUAUGCGCCUGCCCAGCUUGCCACGCACAGUGUUGGCGGUGGUGGUGGCGGGGGCGGCGGAGGCGGUGGCGGCGGCGGUGGCAGCUUGAAUGUGAACAGCUUGCAACAGACAACAACAAUUGCCAGUUUGCAACAGAGUCCGUUUGCAUUGCAUCAAUUGACCGCCGUGCAGGCCAUACAACAUCCCACCCAUCAGGCAAUGCUGCAUCCACAGCAUCCGCUGGUGCACCUGCUCGACAUCUCGACAACGACAACGAACAGUGGUGGCAAUCAUACGCCCAUAUCACCAAUGAAACAGGAGGUGCAGAGUGUCAUCAGUGAGGAUGAGUCUGUGGUGGAUGAUCCGCGCAAGAAGAAACAGUGCCACGUGUGCAAGAACAAGUUCCGACAGUUGACCACGUUACGCAACCAUAUGAAAAUCCACACUGACGAGCGUCCCUACAAGUGUAAACACUGUGACAAGGCCUUCCGCCAGAUAUCAACGCUGACGAAUCAUGUGAAGAUCCAUACCGGCGAGAAGCCCUUCACAUGCAACAUAUGCGCCAAGGACUUUCGACAACAGAGCACGCUCAUCAAUCACAUCAAGACGCAUAAGGCGGCUGAGUCGAGCACGCCGACAUCGCUACUCAAUUAUCAGCCGCCGUCCUCAUCCGGCAAGCAUAGCCGUAAAUCGCAGAAUCAGAUGCACAAUGCCUACCAGCAGCAGCAUCAGCAGCAGCAACAGCAGCGUGUACAAAUCUCAAAGACUCUAUACUCGGGGACGUAUAGUUCACCACAGGCGGAUGAGCUGGUGAAACCGUAUCAGUGCAGUGUGUGCAAGCGACGAUUCCCACAGUUGAGCACACUGCACAAUCAUGAGCGGACACACAUCGAUCCAAAGCCGUACAAGUGUGAGACUUGUGACAAAUCCUUUAGCCAGCUGGCGACAUUGGCCAAUCAUAAAAAGAUCCAUACCGGCGAUAAACCGUAUACGUGUUCGUAUUGCCACAUGCAGUUCCGUCAGCAGAGUACGCUCACCAAUCACAUGAAGACGCAUACACAUCUUGCGUCCGGCGGCAGCCAGCCAUCAACAGUCACAGCCACAGUGGAUCACUCAGCCAUGCCAGCGCCCCUAAUACCCGGCACACAGCAAUUGACGAGCGGUCUGCUGCCCAACAACCUGCACAGCACAACGCCCAACAUCCUACAGCUGGACCAUCAUCCGCUGCUGCACUUCCUCGAUGGCAAUACAACAGUUAGCUCUGUCGUUGGCAGCAAUGUGGCAGCGGCGGCGGCAAACAGCAAAAUCGAACAUUAUCAGGCAUCGCAAACUGGACGCAUGAGUGUGGGCAACAUCAAUAUGCUUAAGGGUGACAAUCCGGAUCGGCCGUUUGGUUGUAGCGUCUGUCGGCGUUUCUUCUCACAGCAAAGCACAUUGGUGAAUCACAUCAAGACGCAUACGGGUGAGAAGCCAUACAAGUGCAAGAUCUGUGAGGUCAGUUUCCGGCAAGUCGCAACGCUCAACAAUCACAUGAAGAUCCAUACCGGAGAGAAGCCCUACAACUGUUCCUAUUGCCCAAAGCAAUUUCGGCAGAAGAGCACGUUACAAAACCAUUUGCGGGUGCACACGUGCUAGGCUAGACUCGGCCACGCCCCCUCCAAAAGCAGCAGCAGUAGCGUGACCGACCGACCGCCCGCCCGUCAGCCAGCCAGCCAGCCUGUCAGCCAGCCAACCAGCCAUUGAGGAAUAGUGCAAUAUGCAUAAGCACAUACAGUUUAUACUAGAUGCAGAUACAGAUAUAAAUACAGUUACAGAUUCAGUUUCGAUACAUGCAUAAAAUACAGUACAUACAUAUAUACAUAUAUAUAUAAAUAUAUAUAUAUAUUUGAAUAUAUACUCAUAUAAAAAAGUGUUAUUUACCUGCUGUGCAGAGCGCAAUUGUAUGUAAACUAUAUAGUAGAGAGCUGAUCCACAUGCAUGUCCAACUGUAAAUUAUAAGUCUAGACGUACUCGUAUACAACACACACACACACAACUUACAGGGUGUUUAAACCUAUACCUAAACUAAACUAAAGUAAACUCUAUUCUAUUCUAAUCCUACUUAUUAGCUUCGUAACUGUUGUAAUCUUCCCCCCUUUACCCAAUGUAUCCCCAAACCUAAUCCCACCUAAAGUCCACACCCCUUUUUAGUUGCAGGCCCGAGACUUUGAUUCUCAGCUUCUCGUCGUGUUAAAUGUUAAGCCGAACUUAUAUAAAACAAACAAAAACAAAAUGAAAAACAAAAAAAAUAAUAAGAAAAAUCUAGUUAUUGCUACUAUACUAUGUAAUCCCCUCCCGCGUGCGCUCAACACGUCACGCCAUCCCACUAAGUGUAAGGCGUAAUCAGAAACAAAAACAGAAAGAAAAACAAAAACAGAAAACAAAACUAUUUAAAUAAGUGUACUCUUAGCGCAUAUUUAGCAGCAUCUUCUACUCACAUGACUAAACCGGAUAGUUGAUCAAAGCUGGAUCAUCGGGAGAGUCAAACAGAACAGUCGCAAUCGCAGUUGCAAUCGCGUUUAUAAUCCCAAAAUAACAAUAA